UGCUGUAUGCAAUAUAUAAAGGGCCCUUCACUUAGCCCACCUCAUCAAUAACCCGUCCCCCACAAAUCACUGAGUUUUUACCUCACUCCAUCGUCCCCCCCCUCUGUAUUCCUCCACGUAACAUCGUACAAUAUGACGUCUAACGCACAAGCACGCCGCCAAACGCGGAAGCAGCGCAACCCAGUCCAAGUCAUUUCCCAGAAACUCCGUGCUGUUACUCCGGAGGAACUCGAUGCGUGGAACAGUGGCUCCGACAGCGAGAACGACCCAAAUGAGCCCCAGCCCUCCGACCUGGACGAGCCUUGGCCAUAUAUGUUCCAAGCUGGCGAUCGUGUAUGGAUCAGAACAGCUGGUGGCAACUGGCAUGCGGGCAGAGUGUCCGGUCAAACAACGCGCAAAGGCGAAACCCGAGAGAAAGAGGGACUGUUCUAUCCGGUCGUGUUCAGUGACAAACUACGCAAGUAUUUUGCACCACUAAAUGGUGAAAUCAAACCCGACAAUCGACAUAUUCGCUGUUUGCUGGCAGAUGCGGGUUGGUUGUAAUGUUGAAUGACAAGACUUCGAUACCAUAUUAAUAUACUUUCCUUGUGUUAAAUAAUUGUGUAUGCCAAAGAGGU